AGUUUAAACUCCUCAGAGAAGCUACACAGGUGUUGUCAGGACCGAAACUAAAGCUGAAACCGGCAAUACAUCUAGGUUUUCGGUGCGACGUUCGACGGCUGUGCGAAGCAGCGGAGCGGACAAGAUGCUCAACUCGUUCCGGGCUGCUGCCACCCCGCAGCGGGGAAGAGGCAGCCGGACGGUCCGCGUCUGCGACCUCCGCCUCGACAGGAGGGAGGGAACCGAGAAACAUCUGGAAAUAAGCGGUUUGGACUUUAAUGACUUUCUUCACGACUUGAAAAAGGAAUUUUCAAUCGGUCCACGUGAGGUAUUUGUGGUGGCAACAACAGACAGAACAAUCCUGGAUUUUGACAAAUUUAAGGAGCUCCAGGAUGGCAGCACUCUCUACUUGUUGCAACAUGAGCGCCAGGAUCUGCCAGUUGCAGCGGAGGAGCACAUCAACUUUACACCUCAUUAUGACGUGGUGAUCCGGGGUGGCAUGCAUGAAUACUAUGCUAGUCAGGGCCAGGCACCAUUAUCCUACACACUUGCUGAGCUGAUUGACAACGCUCUUUCAGCCACAGCUAAAAACGAGGGACUGAGGUCCAUAGAGAUACGGGUGCUUAAUGACAAAACUGUUGGGAAACCUGCCGUCAUUGUUCUUGAUAAUGGACAUGGGAUGUCCUCUAAGCAGCUCAACAACUGGGCAGUGUACAGACUGUCUAAAUUUAAAAAGGAAAGCAGCACAUUUGCAAGUGAAGCUGAAGGCUAUGUCCGGCCAGAUCCUGUACCUCGCAGUCUCAACAGUGAUAUAUCCUACUUUGGAGUUGGAGGAAAACAGGCUGUUUUCUACAUCGGAGACUCGGCCAGGAUGAUCAGCAAACCUGUAGGCUCUCCAGAUGUUCAUGAGCUGGUUCUGUCAAAAGAGGAGUUUGAGAGAAAAGAGAAGAACAACGAAGAUGUCUACAGCACGACCAUCCUAAACAGGAGGCCCGGGGAUUCUUCACAUGUAAAAAAUAACGACGAGCGCUUCCUUCACGCCCUCAUCGCUGAGGAACGUGGCAAGGCAAGCUUUACAGCCGUCGUCAUUACAGGAGUCCAGCCUGAGCACAUCACCCUCCUGACAGACCGUUUGGACAUAGUGACCAGACAGCUAGCGCACAUAUAUCACUAUUACAUUCAUGGAGUCAAUGGACAUGUCAUGAGCAGCAGCUCAUCAAACUCAGAUCAUCCCACUAACAUUGACAUUCAGGUCACUUUGCGGGAGAAGCCUCCAAAAUGUCCCCGUGCCAUUCACCUCAGGGAAGUUGAAGACGACAUGCAGACGCUGUUCAUUAACGCAGCAGCGGACACAUUUGAAUUUCGAGCCACCACGAUACCAGAACGUGGCACAGUUGAGGGAAUCGUUCGGUAUCAUCCCUUCCUCUACGACAAGGAGACCUACCCUAAAGAUCCAACUGUUGCGCAAGAAGCUCCUGAUAAUGACGAUGACGAUAAUGAGGCCGGAUUCAGUGAUCGAGCAAGAAAGGAGAAGCCGAUCUUUGAAUGUUUCUGGAAUGGACGACUCAUACCGUACACCAAAGUGUCUGAGUUUGAUUGGUGUUCUCCCAGAGGAGCAAAAGUGCCUGUGGAGUGUUACAGUCGGUUGUCUGGGGUGCUUUUCACUGACGACAGGUUCCAGGUCACCACAAACAAACUCACCUUUACUGACUUGGAGCUGAAACUGAGGGACAAGAACACGAUCUACACCAUUGUUGUGAAUGGACAGAAAUCCUCAAAAAGAGCUACUAUUCAGAAUGAGUUCAAUCAGUGGCUGCAAAACUGCCAUGAGAAGUUUGACAAGCAAGUGAAGUUUCUUGGCUUCAAGGGGACCAUAACACGGCAUGAUGUGCCUUCUAAGAAAAUGCAGCAGCCCUGGGCAACGUUCUCCUCCAUCGAGUGGGAAGGCAAAACAUACAAAACAGGUCAACAUGUGAAGUCUCUAAGAACGAACCCUGUUCUCUACGGUACUAUUGAUCGAUUUUUGCUGUACGGAAAUUAUGAUGGAGACGUCUUUGCCACAGGAGGACAGGUGGAAGUGAUUCGGGAGCCCAAAGCUCUUUAUGACACGAUCAAGAUCAUUCCCAUUUCCAAGAUUGACAAAGCUGCCACUGAUGAAGUCAUCAGGAGAAACAUCGACAGUGACCUUGCCAAGCUUCCAGAGUCACUGAAAGUGGUGUGGCCCAAAGGUAACCCUUGGCCAGCGAAUGCUGUUUGUCCUGCUGGGACUCCUUUAGGGCCAAUCAACGUUAUAAUUCUAAACAGGAAAGGCGAGCAAAUAUCCUCAAUACCGACAGCGGGCCAGGGGAAAGGACAAGUGCUGAGUAUGCAACUAAAAAUAGUCCUGCAUGGUUCUAAAGGAGACCAACUCAUUUCCAAUUUAGUUGCCCUACAUUCAGCAAAGUGGGGUUUCGAGUUCAAAAGAAAUGACAAUCUGACCCAGCUGGGGAAGUUCACACUAUCCCUGAACACUAUGAUUAAAGACAAUAGUAGCACCGUCUUUGGAGGCAAACCGCUUCCCAACUACACUCUCAAGUUUACCAUCAAAGAGGGUAAUGCACAGAGCUUCGUGCUUGGUACGGUGAGCCCCACUGUUCGUGUAGGGGUACCAUUCAACAUUCCUGUGCAGUUUAAAGAUUUAUAUGGCCACGUAACAGCGCCUCCUCCCGAACUCCAGCCUGUACUGGAGUGCAGCGACCUGGAUGUGAGGUACGAGACAAUGGACAGCCGUGGGACCACGUUCUGCAUCAGAAAUGUCAAAGCGAAAGGAAAAAUCUUAAAACACCAGCAAAAUAAGAGUUAUGACCUGAAAGUGACCUUCUGUGGCCUGAAAAAAGACACACAGACCAUCAAGAUCAGUCUUCUUCCUGGUAAUCCACAUUCCCUCCAUGUGAUGCCAGAAGAAAACCCAGUCAAAGUAGAAAAUGGAAACCCGGUCGCCUUUAAUGUCGAAAUUCAUGAUGAGGCUGGAAACAUCACUGCUCAGCCCAAACAAAUAGUUCGCUGCCAGGUUCAGGGAUUUCCAUUUGUGACAACUGACUGCAGUAACACGGGAGGUGGCCAGAUUAUGACAGAGCACAUAAACCUGAAAAUAAUGGAUGGACAGCCACAAAUGCUCAAAGUUCACUUUGAGAUGCCUAGUCAAAAGCACAUAGCCUCGGUCACAAGGCAGCUGAAGGUGAAUCCCAGCGCACGAGUUGCCAAGAUGGAGAUCUACCGUGCGGAUGCUGAGAAUCUGGUAGUGACGAACAAUGAAAAGAUAGAUUGGCUAGCUGGAGGAUCGCUGGAGAACCUGUUCUAUAGACUGUAUGAUGAGGCUGGCAAUGAGGUAGCAGUCAGUGCUGAAAUAGCCUCCAUGAUCAAGGUCAACUGGACAGCAGAUGUAGAUCUGAAAGGUCUCAUCCAGGGGAAGCUGCCUGAUAUACAGGUGCCUACAAAGGUGCAGGACGAACGCUUUUUCCAGGUGUCCUACCACGACCAGAGUGUCUCUGUCUCCUUCGUCAUAACUCCUCGUCCAGACGAACCAGCACGGCUGAAAGCAACUUUCAAACAAAACACAGUGAGGCUUGGUGAAAUCCUACCUGGAAACAUUAACUUGGAGCUUGUGGACCAGUAUGACAAUGUCACCUGGACACUUAUCCCCACCUCUGUGAGGGACAUGAAUGUGGAAGCUGAGGGUCUGGACACAUCUUCCGUUGCCUUUAAGUGGCAGGAGAGCAGCAGCUCGGUUGUGGUGACGGGAGUGCGUUUCCAUUCAGGGCGUCUUGGCUUCAGAGACUUGUGCUUCAAAUACUCCAGCUAUGUGGAGCGUAUCAACGUUGAAGUGACUGCUGGAGUUCCUGCUAAGCUUAAGCUCAUCGGUGAACCUGAGCAGCCUUUGCAGGUAUUCAGUGGUCACAGUAUUCUCACACCAUUCCUCGUCCAGCUGUGCGAUGAGUGGGAAAACCCUUGUCCAGACCAGAGGGUUGUGGUACAUUUAAGACCUUCUCACUCAACACUGAAGGUGACGACACCUGUUACUUCACAACCUGUAAACACAGAAGGGAAAGCCUCUUUCACUGUUAAUAGUGUGAGCGGUCCAAAGGGGAACUAUCAGCUGAAAUUUACAGGUUCCUUCACUGAGAAAUCCAUCCCUGGUCCAGCAGUGAACCUCACUAUCAUCCCUGAUUGCAACAAACCUGUCAAACUGUCAGUUGAGUACGACUCCAGCGCCAGGUUUCUUGCUGGAGGCAUUUUCCCAGUUUUCUCAGUAACCGUGGUGUCGGAAGAAGGAAGUCCGAUUACAACUUUUAACCCAGCAGCUGUGUCCAUGUUUGUCUGGAAGGGAAUGCCAUCAGGACGAACGGCACCACAAAGAGACACUGAGCUGAAGUGUAGCAAACCCAUGGCACAUGAGAAGAAUGACCGUUUUCGUUUCAGAGAUAAACAGAUUCCACAACAUGCUGGACAGCACGUCAUACAGUUUGCUCUGCGUGUUGACAAAAACAACGACCUGCUGAGUGAUCAGAUUGCUAUAAAUGUGGUGGCCAAUCAGCCUGUCAAGCUGGGACCCGACUCUCAGCCCCCAACCCCAGUUGUUUCCAACAGUACAGACAUCACCAACCGAACCUUGGUUGAGAAUAUGACUCUGAGGAUAAUGGAUUCACAUGGAAACUCAGCAGGGCAGGACCUGGACGGGAGGGUCGUCGUCUCUAUAAAGUGCCCCAACGGAGAAAGAAGCAACAGCCUUCCUUUGUUUGAAGGAAAAAUCAGCAGCUUUCGGCUUAUCUUGGUAGACGGAAAGGCUUUCAUCAACAGGCUGGCUAUCAUGCAGAAUAGUCCUGGUGAGAAUGGCAACGUGUACACCCUCCUCUUCCAACCUGAAGUCCCGAAGGUUCCCACACCACUGGAACCUUUUGAGCUCCAGUUCCAUUUUUACAAUGAUGCAGAGAACCAAACAAGAAUCUCUGAACUGACCAAGAAGAGAGAUGAGCUCAGUGCUGCUAUUGCUACAUAUACAACAGCCUUUACUACCUCUAAACAACUCCUUAAUUUGCUGACAUCUCAGCGCGUGGCUACAAGUAAUAAAGAGGAGAGCCUUAGAAAUGAGCUGAACAACAGGAAUAUGACAACACAACCUGUAUCUAUCCAAAACAUUGACAGACUCAUAAAUGAGAAGAGUGCAGAAGUUGACCAAAUUCUGACGAUGCCCAGAAGAAGCUGCUCCAUCCAUGAGACCUCCAUGUUGCAGCUGGACGUUUUGGGAAAGGUUGGCCACCUGGCCUUUGUGGAGGAUGAUACUGCUGCCUGGGUUAUCUCCUGGCACAUCUGGGGUGACAUGGACUGUGUCGUAACCAAAACAAAAGAAGCAGCCGAAAGGAUUUAUAAGGAAACGAAUGGCAGGCAGCAGGUCAUGGCCCUGGACAGCGUGUAUAUAGGGGAACAAAACAGACCGCUGCCACAUAUAAGAAAUGGCCACGCGCUCUUUGAUCCGCCUGGGAACCCGGUCUUCGCCAGAGAGCUGCUGAUUUGCCCCAACGACCAGAAGUGCUGUGACAUAGUGUUUAAAAACAUCCUGGGAAAUACGAUUCUGAUUGAUGACCUGGAAUCUGCAAAUAACUACAGGAGGGAGGUGGUGCAGAAGAAGAUACAGUGUCCCACCAUCCUGACCAGGCAGGGGGAAAGAGUCAGUGCCAAGGGCAAGUUCGGCGGUGCUCAGAACAAAGCCCCACCGAUGAACACAAUACCUGUGUUUGGAGCCCCCUUCCCACAGAUCUACCACACUCUUAAGAGAGACAUAGAGCUGCUCCAGCAGUACCAGUUAGCUGUGAGGAAGAAGGAGGAGGCAGAAAAGGAGCGAAACGAUUUCUUAAGAAACCUUCGUUCUCCUGAUAUGACCAAAAAGCACAAAGACAUGGAAGAGAAGAAGGAACAGCUGAUGGACAUUAACAGACAACUCGAGUCAACACCAGUAAGACCAGUGAAACGAGGUGCUGAGGGAGCUGGUGAGCCAUCUGGCAUCAAUAUGAAAAGAGCAAAGCCCACAUAAGAGACUCAGUAGUCCAACCUGAGAGUUUGAGCACAGGCUUCUUUUGUAAUUUUCUUUCACUUUUUUUAUUUUAAGUACAAUAAUCAAUGUGAAUGUUGUCAGAGAAUAGGUUUUUUUUCAGUGUUUUAACUGCUUUGUAACAGAUUCGCUCAUGAUUGAAUGUGUAUUUUAUUUUAUUUUAUUUUAUUUUAUUUUUUAUAUGAGUAUAUAUAUAUAUAAAUAUAUAAAUGCGUAUUUCCUCAAGAUAUCCCUUUGUCUGUGUGAAUAUUUAUAACCAUUACUAACCUUGUUGAAGAAUAAAACUUCAAAAUACGAAA